GCCCAGAGGCUGUCAGCGACAUGGCAGGCCAACAGCAGCAAAUCCUUGAUACCAUCUUCAAUAUGAAGAGGAAGAUGUUGCGCAAAGAUGAUUCGGACACAGAAGAUUCCGAAACUGCCCUCGGUAGCAACAAGCAGGACUUACGGCGCAAAGUCCACUACGCGCGCGCAAGCGAUCCCGACUUUCUCGCAGACCCGCGUCCUUAUAAGAAGCGCAUAGAGCACGCCGGUUAUCACAGAUAUAUUUUGCAGCGCAACCCUCCGCGAUACGAUGCCGAUGGUGACAUUGUCGAAGUUGACGACGAAUACGAAGACGAAGAUGACGUGGAGCCAGUAGAAGAGAACCCGUAUGGAAAUAUACAUCUGGAGAACCUUCUUGCACCAUUGACCUCCGCUGCCGAUUUACCGAACCAUCCUGCCUUGAGCGUUGCGUACACCUCCAGACAUCUUUCGGAUCUUGCCAACGAGGCCGGAGCUCUUUCGCGAAAAGAGCAGAUCACCAAUGCGCGAGCCAAGAACCUUUUUGUGAAACUACAAGGGGAUUCUAUGUUCGCGCCUGCUGCCCUAGCAGCGAUGAGCGAUACGCCAUUUCGAAUGUCACGCUCAAGGAUUCCAAGUCGGCGUUUUGAGGAGGGCGGAGACCAGCGCACACACGACAUUGAAAUGCAGGAGGCGGUUGAUGGUACACAAGACGUGAAUAUGGAGGACGUCGCGCAGCCCAAUGGGACAGACCAAACAAAUGAUACCAAUGGCAAUGCUGGACCCGAGGCAGUCAACGGUGCCGAGCCCAUGACAAAUGGGACACAUACCGAUGAUGCAGAUGAACUGCAAAAGAAUGGCCAUGAGGAGCAUUCUCCCAUGGGCGAGGAUGUGUCCGACACAGCAUCGCAGCAAACGCAUAGGAUGACGACACGUACGCGAGCUCGAGCGCACGCUGCUUCGACCCCUUCCCCUCCUCACUCACCGUCAAGCGAUGUCAACGUGAUACACCCCCUUUUCAUACACCCCACCGAGUCAUUGCCAGACCGCGACUUUGGUCUUCCACCAAAUGAGGCAGAGGAAACGCGCAUGCUUCUUAUGGCAUACGUACAAAAGCAAGAGGAAGUCGCGCGGAUUACGGCUGACCUCUACCACGGCUUGCUGGAAGCUGACCGUAUGAGGCACGACGUUUUCAAGUGGUCGAAAGCAGAAGGCCAUGUAGGGGAGAUGAGCGAUGGUGAAGAUUGGUAUGACAACGAAGAAUGGGGCCUCGAACAGGAUCUGGCCAAGGGUCGUGAUGAAGAGGAGGAUGAAACCGCAGUAGCUGGGAAAAAGAGCACAAGACAACGGCGAAAGCCUGACAAGGACGAUAGCCCAGACGAUGUAGUCGUCGCAGGUCUCAAUCCAUCAGAAGACUACAAGACUUCAGUGUUGAGUGGCCUUAGCCCAACAAUCAUCAUGGAGUGUGCAAGUCGUGGUUUGGCCUUUCAUAGUUAUCAGACGUGCCAAGAGAUCAUCUACCAAGAGCACCUCGCAAAAGGCCUCACUGAGAAAUAUAACAUAUUAAGCCAGCAGAUGGAUCAGCUCAUUCAUGAUGCCAACGCUCAGAUCAAAGCACUCCAGGACAAGAUGCAAGCUAUGCAAGCAGACCUCGUAGAGCUCGAGUCCAAGAAUCAUGGGUUUGCGGAAGCCUUCAAAGAAAAGACCAAAGCACACCAGAGAACACAGAAUCUUUACCAAGCACUCAAGGCCCAAGUCAUGGCUUCGCAUGUAGCUCAUGCUGCCGGCGAUGAGGCAGAGUUCGCGCUGAAAUCAGCCCGGGGAGAUCGCUUCAUCGAUCGCUUGCCGGGUGCCCGGUCUGGCACUGCGAAUUUCAGCCAAAUAGGCCCUUCACAACAAAUAGGCGACAGACUGCAUAAGAGGAUUAUCAGUAGAAGCUCUGGUAGCAGUGGGCGACAGCAGCAGGGCAGUAUUCACAUUGGUCCUCCUUUCAAUUCACAGCUGCAUGGACAUAGUCUCGGCAGCAGAGUUCACAGUGGUCAACAUGUCUCAGUUGAUACACCUUCUCAAGCUCGGAGAAGUCGCCUUCCAGUCCUUGGUGGAACACGUCAGAACCCAUAUCUCAAUCAGGAACCAACUUCUUCUUUUCAAAACUCACCAAUGAUUCGACAGCCAGUGGCUGGUGGCUUUUUGCACAGCGGUAAGUCAUCGAGGAGGACUAGUAAUUUCGCCAACACUGGCCCGCUUGGACCAUGA